AUGUUCCUCACGGUCAAGCUCCUCCUGGGCCGGAGAUGCAGCGUGCAGGUGUCGGGGCAGGAGAGCGUGGCCACGCUGAAGAAGCUGGUGUCGGAGCGGCUGCAGGUGCCCGAGGAGCAGCAGCACCUGCUCUUCCGCGGCCAGCUGCUGGCGGAUGACAAGCGUCUCUCCGACUACUGCAUCGGGCCCAAUGCCUCCAUCAACGUCAUCAUGCGGCCCCCGGAGAAGACGGUGCCGGUGCCCGCACCCGCCGAGACCCUGCAGCCCCAGCAGCCCCUGCAGCCCCUGCAGCCCCAGCCGCUGUGGCACCAGCUGCGCCAGGUCCUGGCCAAGCACUUCGGGCCCCAGGACGCCAAGGCGGUGCUGCAGCUGCUGAGGCAGGAGCACGAGGCGCGGCUGCGGAGGAUCAGCCUGGGGCACCUGGAGCAGCUGGCGCGGGACCUCCUGACCGAGGAGGAGCUGCUGGAGGAGCCGCCGUCGGGGGAGGAGUCCUCUCAGGCUGUGGCCUCGGUGCCCGGAGAAGAGGGGCAGGGAGUGGGGGAGGGCGGGACUGACCAGUAA